UUCUUACUUUCCCUCUCUAACAAAAUAAGUUUCAAACAAAAUCUGGUGCACUGAACUCAGUUUUCGUUAACGAUUCUCAUUGUCCCCCACCGUUGUUUUCGCCGACGCUCUCAAGCCUCCGGCGAGCCCUAAGAAACCCUAGACGGCGCCACCACAUUCAUCAGAAACUGAGAAAAUGAGUACAAGUGACAAAAAAGAUACACACCUUCUCACUCACUUUUAUAUCGACUCACAAUUUAACACGGUCCCCUCUCAAUAGUUUUGUCUGUAGAUGUUAAGAUAUUUCCGCUACUCACCGAACCUGUUUGAUAAAAUGCGUCUUUAACUGGUUGUAUUGUUUUGUUAUUGCUUGAACAUUCUGGAUUCAUUCAAACAAAGUUUCUUCUACUCAUCACGAUUGGGCGUGCUUUCAUCAAUCAGCUUUAGUUUUUGUUGGUAGUACUCUGUUGGGUGGGCACGAAUCCUCAUUCCCAUUAUUUUCUAAUUAUCUUUCACUUGAAUCAAAGAACCAGAUAAUGGCUGUGAUGGGUAAGGCAAAAGAAGCAGGACUUCCAUUGAUGAAGUUGAUUAAGUUGAGAGGGAUGCCUAUUUUGCAGCAAUUGCAUUUAGAGGAACGGCUGCUUCGAACCAGUUCAGAUAAUUGGUGCCUCAUCAACGAUGGAACAAAUUCCCCUGCCAUUGUAAUGGGCUUGUCUGGGAAACUUUCAGAACUGGUCGAAGUCAAGCCUGUGUUGCAAGAUCGUAUACCCAUUAUCAAAAGGUUUACCGGGGGAGGAACUGUUGUUGUUGACCAUGACACUAUAUUUGUUACGUUGAUAUGCAAUAAAGAUGCCGUUUCAAAUGUGCAACCCUUUCCCCGAAGUAUCAUGUCAUGGAGUGGUUUAUUAUACAGUGAAGUUUUUAAAGGGCUUGCUGAUUUCCAUCUCCGUGAGAAUGAUUAUGUGUUAGGUGAUCGUAAGUUUGGUGGAAAUGCUCAGUCUAUAACCAAGAAUCGGUGGGUACACCACACAUCAUUUUUAUGGGAUUAUGAUGUCAAGAACAUGUCUUAUCUCAAGUUACCUGCAAAGGUUCCUCAGUACCGAUUAAGAAGAAGUCACAUGGAUUUUAUUUGUCGAAUGAAAGAGUAUUUGCCUAGAUCAGAUUUUAUUGAGAGAACUAUUAAGGCUCUUGAUGGCCAAUUUUCGGUGAAAUCCAUUAGCUUGGAGUCCAUAGAUGUUCCCUCUGUUUCUGAAUAUGUUCAUACCACUAAGCUUCUCACAGAGCAGCACAUUCAGGAAACUUGCACUAUUCAAACUUGAAAAAAUAGUUGCAAGAGGUUUGGCAACAAAAUAUAAGAUAUAAUAAUAAGGGGGAUAGGAUUUAACAAUGGGUGAAUUGAGUAUGCUGUUGUGGAAAUUUCAUUCUCAGUACUGAUGAAUAUUGACUGCUGUGUUCUGAUAUUGUUGUACAUUAGUUUUUUUUUUCUUUUCGACCAUAAUUUGUUCUGGCCAAGUUGCUUUUUCUUUUGCUUAGAUUAUUUUCCAUACUU